GUUUAAUUAACAGUCUAGUUCAAAUUAAAAGCUGGACGAUCGCGGACUUUUUUCAUAAUCUUUCCUGAUGUCGGACUGCAGUUCGUCGGGUUCAGAUGAGGAUUUGGACCCGGAGUCAGAGCUGCUGGACGAGCUCGGCGGCACGCUCAGCAAGUGGACUAACUACAUUCAUGGAUGGCAGGACCGCUGGAUUGCGCUGAAAGGCAAUAUUCUAAGUUACUACAGGUCAGCAGAUGAGAAGGAAUACGGCUGUAGAGGGUCCGUCUGUCUCAGCAAGGCUGUCAUCGCGCCUCACGAGUUUGAUGAAUGCCGGUUUGACAUCAGUGUGAACGACAGCAUCUGGUACCUGAGGGCUGAACAUCCUUUGCUCCGGCAGCAGUGGAUCGAUACCAUCGAACUUCACAAGGCUGAGUCAGGCUACGGGUCUGAGAGCAGUCUCCGCCGCCAUGGUUCCCUACUGUCCCUCACCUCUGCCGCCAGUGGCCUUUCCACCACCUCCGCAUCCUCCUUCAAGAAGGGAUACAGUCUGCGGGAAAAGCUAGCAGAGAUGGAGACCUUCCGGGACAUUCUCUGCAGACAGGUGGACACUCUGCAGAGGUACUUUGACAACUGCGCAGAUGCUGACUGUAAAGAUGAGCUUCACAGGGACAAAGUAUCUGAUGAUGAGGAUAAUUUUCCAACCUUACGUCCAGAUUAUCUCAACAACAACAGCAGCAAAGAGAAAUUAUUUCCUGUGGACAGCCUCAAAGCUCCCGUAGGCAUCGAUUUCAAGGGUGAAGCCAUCACGUUUAAAGCCACUACAGCAGGAAUCCUGUCCACACUGUCCCACUGCAUUGACAUUUUGGUCAAACGAGAGGAGAGCUGGCAGAGACGACUCGAUAAGGAAAUUGAAAGGAGAAGACGGGCUGAAGACGCCUACAAAGCUGCAUUGACAGAGCUGAAGAAGAAGCCUCAUUAUGGAGGACCAGACUAUGAAGAAGGACCAAACAGUCUGAUCAAUGAAGAGGAGUUCUUUGAUGCUGUGGAAGCUGCAUUGGAUAAACAUGACCAGAUCGAAGUACAAUCCCAGGCAGAAAGAAGCAGGAUAUCUCGACAAAUCUCCCUCACUCCAGACACCUAUUCCUCCAUCGGCACUCAGAAAUACUCGAAUAAGCCUUGCAGUCAUACUUCCUCCUUGUCCUCCUCCGUCGACCUCAUAAGUGCCUCAGAUGACGUGCACAGGUUCAGUGCUCAGGUUGAGGAGAUGGUGCACAGUCACAUGACCUAUUCUUUACAGGAUGUGGGUGGAGAUGCUAACUGGCAGCUGGUCAUUGAAGAAGGGGAUAUGAAGGUGUAUAGGAGAGAGGUGGAGGAGAACGGCAUCGUUCUGGAUCCUCUCAAAGCUACUCAUUCUGUCAGAGGGGUCACGGGGCACGAGGUCUGCCACUACUUUUGGGACACAGCUUAUCGGAACGACUGGGAGACAACAAUUGAAAGCUUUCAAGUUGUUGAGACGCUCUCGGAUAAAGCGGUCAUCAUUCAUCAGACACAUAAAAGAGUGUGGCCUGCCUCCCAGCGGGAUGUGCUUUAUGUAUCGGUUAUUCGUAAAAUUCUCUCCACCAAUGAGAAUGAUCCUGACACCUGGCUGGUGUGCAACUUCUCAGUGGAUCAUGACAGCUAUCCACCCUCUGCUAGAUGCAUUCGUGCCAAAAUCAAUGUAGCCAUGAUUUGUCAAACACUAGUCAGCCCACCAGAGGGAGACAAAGACAUCACCAGGGACAACAUCCUCUGUAAAAUCACAUAUGUAGCCAACGUAAAUCCUGGUGGUUGGGCCCCUGCAUCAGUCUUGCGAGCCGUAGCCAAGAGAGAAUACCCCAAAUUCCUCAAACGCUUCACCACGUAUGUUCAAGAGAAGACCAGCGAUGAGGCUAUCCUCUUCUGAACAACACCAGGUUGUUUAAUCUACAUUCCCAGUUUGCUUUCUGACUCACCUGAAGAAACGCCUUAUUCACAAUGCUCUACCAUCACUCAUGACAAAGCGCUGCUCUGCCCAAGUGCUCUUGACUCUUCAGAAACCUUUUUCAAACUGUAUCCAUACAGACUGAACAAAAGCGGUACACCAAUGUCUGUAAAAGCACCUUUGAAAAGUCAAACACACUAGAACAACCAACACGGUCUGUUCAUCUUCAAAAGGCCUUACUUGUUUUUUCGUAAUUGAGCUGCGGCUCAGGUUGUUAAAGUGUUUUACAUUUUUGUAAAUAUUUGAUCAUAGUUUGAGUUUUGACUGUGGUCUUGAUGAUAUAUAUAUAUA